AUGCAGGAUCUGUAUUCUUUUAGUGCUGUAACAUCAGCGAUUAUUAUUUUGCUUGUCGCAUUUAUUGUGAUUGUGUUUAAUAGCAUUCUGUGGGUGUUCAUUGUGGUUAGUAUUUACGCGAUUGCCAGUUUUUACGCUGUUCAGUUAGUACAAUAUGUUGACAGUUUACUGACGAGAUAUAAUAUUAUAAAUGAACAACGCGUUUAUGGUUUGCUGACGAGAUUCAAUAUUAUAAGUGACAAGUUUAUUGUAAGAUACGAAAUUAAGGAUUCAUGUAGCGUCUGCAGCAAGAAUACUUGCAAAAGGCAUAAAUUGUUGCCGCAUUCGACCAAAGUCAAAGUACCAAAAGACUUUGAUCAUGCAUUAGAGCAACUUCUGGAAGAGUUACUCCAAAUGUAUGUCCAUACUUGGUACUCGGAUAUUUCAGCUAAUGAAGCUUUCAUACAACAAUUACGUUUAGCUAUAACAACAGCAGCAAAGAAUAUUACCAUUCGAUUAUUACGUGCAGACACAGCAACUCUCGUUUUUGAUGGCCUGAUUCCCGUGGCCAUACAACACGCUCAAGAUUGGAAAGCAUUACUCAAAAUGCCCAUAUCUGAAGUUGAAAUGCCCCAAGAUUACAUCGGGAGUUGUUUGAGUUCUAAAAUUCAUCCAGCUGCGUAUUCAAGAGAAGCUGAGUUGAAUUAUUUACGGGGUCUAGUCACUGCACUGUUACCACAUUUAUUACCUGCCAUACACGUCUCAACAAAUAAUAAAGUAAUACUUCGAGAAAUUUUGGCAAAUUGGGUGCUAUUGCCAGCAAUUGAUGCACUGGCAGAUCCAGAAAAUAUAAAUAUGCUAGUGACAUUAUCCACUCAUCGUGAGACUACUCUAUCUAACACUGCAGAGACUAUUACUGUACCAAUACUCCAAUCCUGGGUGACACUUCCAGCAAUGCAUUCACAUAUCACACACAGUUGCUUCAAACCAUCUUUAAAUGAAAUUUUAAAUGAUCCUGAACUGUUAUAUAUGUUUAUGCAACACAUCAAAGAAUCAGGACCUAUGAAUCUUCUUCAAUUUUAUGUUCGGAAUAUGCACACGGUAUACCUUGAUCCUGAUGGUUCAGAAUAUUUAUAUUUACCAUUGCAUAUAUCAAAAGGCAUACGACAAAUAUUAGAAGGUGGACCAGAAAAAAUUCAAGAACUACGAACAUCACGACCCUUUUAUCAAGCUCAUCAAGAAGCAUACGCACUCUUAGAAAGUACUUGUUUGCCAUCAUUCCAUCAUAGUUAUCAAUUAUAUAAACUCUUGUGUGGUCAUUUGUCUGAACAAACAAAACCUACUACAGCAGCUAAUGUGAGAGGAGGUACAUCUACUCCUCCUAUGCGAUUCAAUAAUCAAGUGAGCAAGGUCGAUGGCGUUUUACGUACGACUGCAAUCGAUGGUACUCCGUUUCAACUACAAGACGUCUAUCCAGUUGAAGAAGUAGAUUGCACAUCUCGAGCAUAUAACGAAAUCAAAGGCUUCGGCGAUAAGAGUAAUCGCGACUUAACAACGUGGCGAGUUGCUGUUCCUCAUGUAGACGGCGGUGGAACGCAACCAAUUUACAUGAUUGCCAUUCAUAGCGUUGCGGAAGCUAAAUCGUGGACAGUCUUGCGACAAGAUCAAGAUUUUUAUACGUUGCGAACACGGCUUAUCGAAUUCCAUGGUGACAAGGAGUUAAAUGAUUCACCAUUACCGUCGCGCAAAAAUCCACACUUGCCCCUCGCAACCCCUAAUCGUCAACGUUACGAGGAGUUUCUGCAGAAGUUGCUGUCUAAACCGAUGUUAAGAAGUAGCGAACUCCUUUACACCUUUCUUACAACGCCGAACUUGAAACCGUACUUCGCGAAUUAUAGCACGCCCGACAUUGGCAUCCUUUACCAGAGCAUGGCUUAUAGAUUGCGGAAGGAGAAGGGACAGCAUCUCGAUAAAUUCAUGAGUACUUUCUUAGCUUCUACAUACACGAAGUAUGAACACAUGGAUAUGGGUGUCGAGCCAUCGAGCGAGCAUCUCUCUGAAAUGGAGAGCAAAGGAAGAAAGCUGAUAGAUGACAUAUUCGGCAAUAAUCUAGAUCUACCAGUUACUUUCCAAAAUUUUCCGUGCAGUUUACCACAGCGUGAUCACAUGAAAGGUGCAAGUUUAUGCAUUAUAGAAGCUCUCGAUAGUCUACUAAGUUUACCUUCGAUUAUUUCACGACUCUUCUGGAUGUUGGCCUUUUUAUUGCGUAAAAGAAUAGACCCUUAUGUAAACGCAAUAUUCUACAACACUUUAGUUAAGCUUCUAAGUGGUGGUCGCGCUUCCAUCGUUGUUAAGCUUCUACAUGCGAAAAUAGUGGGUAAGAAUUAUAUGAGAGACUUUCCCUCGCAAGGAAAAUGUCGAAGUUACUACGAAACGGCGAAAGAGGGACUACAUUCUUUAUGGUGGUUAAUGAUAUUCCCCAGGCCUUGGAACAAUCUGAUGAAUUCUCUCUUAGAUCCUUUACAAAACGCACCAUUCAAUAAACAUCUAGCAUAUCUUUUACUAGAUCAUCUCCUAGUGAAUCUUUUCCCAGAAGUGACUGCAUAACAUCAGGAUCGUUUUUUGACGACCAUGAAAAUAAAUAUUGUAUAUAGUGUUAAUUCUCUAUAAAAUUUACGUACAUACGUUUCUUCUUGUACAUGUAACAUAAUAACUUUGUAAAUAAAAAUUCUUAU